AUGAGUAAUCAGUUGUGAGGCGGGUAGUGGAAACCUGGGAAUCUAUAGGCAGCUGGACAAAAACAGGGAGGCCUGGGGAUCCUUGACACAUAGCUGGUGUCUGAAGUGAGGGCCAGCCUGUGGAGGAUAGCACCCCCGAUCUGGGAAGUCCCUGUGGAGGUGGACAUGGCUGCCGGAGCCCUUGAAGGUUUUCAGAGAGGGGAUUGCUGAGCCGAGCCAAGACCCCCAGCACCCCAUCACUGUCCUUUCCCGUCGACCGUGGACCAGUGGGGACCAUGUCUGGCCUUUUCUUUCCAGAGCUGGGCUCACGGUGAGCCCGCAAUGAGUGUGUGUUGGCCUGGCCUUCCGUUGACCAAUCACUCAGCACAUCCCCAAGUCUCUCCACUUGGUCUGGUUCCUAUGCUGACAUCUCAGCGUGGAGGUCGACCUUCUCUUUCAGCGCCAGGGGCAUUUAAUUCCCUAUUCCUCCAGUCACUGCAUAAAACAGUUCACAUCUUUAGAAGCAAAGUCGUCCCUCUCCUUCCCUCUUGCAGGCGAGCACAGGCUCAGGUGAGCCGUGGAGCCUGGCCGCCACGAUGCUAGAAACAUCGUUUGGAAAACACUUUGUACCUCCAGGCACAGCCAUUGAAGGUUUUGUGCCCAGACGGAAAUGCCCAGCUGGCAAGGGAAGCAGAUAAACGCCUGGGCCCCUGGCAGUCCUUUCAACAAACGCCUUCUAAACAAACAGAAACCAUGACCAGAAUUCUCAAGGAACCUGUGAAAAGGCCACUGUCUUUGGAAACCAAAAUGACUCUCGCAUUCUGAAGGUCAGAGUGGCUCGCGGGCUCCCAGGAGAAACGGAUGUGCCCUAAAUAACAAACAGCCGUCCUGGCUGGGCGUGAGAGCUUGAUGCAUUGCCUGUCAGAGCUGGGGUAGGGUGGGUGGAGGAAUGAAGAUGCUCUGCUGCCAUUUCUUCUUAUUUUAAGUAAACAUCUGACAACAGCUGUAAAUACUUGUUUACAGGGAGGACCGCUUCGGAAGACGAGUCAUCACGUUCUGCUGCUGCCGGAUGCCCCCCUCCCACGAGCUCAACCACAGGCGGCUGCUGGAGUAUUUGAAGUACACGCUGGACCAGUACGUGGAGAGCGAUUACACCAUCGUCUACUUCCACUACGGGCUGAACAGCCAGAACAAGCCGUCCCUACGCUGGCUGCAGAGCGCCUACAAGGAGUUUGACAGGAGGUACAAGAAGAACCUGAAGGCCCUGUAUGUCGUGCACCCCACCAACUUCAUCAAAAUCCUGUGGACCAUCCUGAAGCCCCUCGUCAGUCACAAGUUUGGGAAAAAAGUCACCUAUUUCAACUAUCUGAGCGAGCUCCGUGAACACCUCAAAUACGACCAGCUGAGCAUCCCCCGGGAGGUUCUGCGAUACGACGAGGAGCUUCGGAACCUGCACGCCGGCAGGCUGCCCCCUCCCACCAAGACGCCCCCACCGCGGCCCCCUCUGCCCACCCAGCAAUUCGGAGUCAGUCUGCAAUACCUAAAAGACAAAAAUCAAGGCGAACUCAUCCCCCCCGUGUUGAGACACACAGUGACAUACCUGAGAGAGAAAGGACUCCACACCGAGGGCCUGUUCCGGAGAUCAGCCAGUGUCCAGACGGUCCGCGAGAUCCAGCGGCUCUACAACCAAGGGAAGCCCGUGAACUUCGAUGACUACGGGGACAUCCACCUUCCAGCCGUGAUCCUGAAGACCUUCCUGCGGGAGCUGCCCCAGCCGCUGCUGACCUUCGAGGCCUACGAGCAGAUCCUCGAGAUCACCAGUGUGGAGAGCAGCCUGCGGGUGACCUGCUGCCGCCAGAUCCUGCAGAACCUUCCGGAACACAACUACGCCGUCCUCAGCUACCUCAUGGGCUUCCUGCACGAGGUGUCCCAGGAGAGCAUCUCGAACAAGAUGAACAGCUCCAACCUGGCCUGCGUCUUCGGGCUGAAUCUGAUCUGGCCAUCCCAGGGGGCCUCCUCCCUGAGUGCCCUCGUGCCCCUGAACCUGUUCACCGAGCUGCUGAUUGAGUACUACGAGAAGGUCUUCAGUGGCCGCGGGGAGCACGGGGCAGAGGCCAGCGAGCAGGGCGCUCCCGGUGCCAGAGGCUCCGUCCCCAACGAAGGCGCCUCCACAGGAGACAGACCCGCCUCCGGUGACAGACCCGCCUCCGGCCUCGCCAGGCCCCCGCUCCCUCCGCGUCCCCUGACCACGGCCUGGAGACUCCUCUAGGAAACAUCAGUGGUGGUCUCUGCAUCUGUGUUUUGUAAACUUGCCAUUAAACGAUCUUCUAGGGAACCAA